AAAAUCCAAGCAAAAUAGUAAAUCUAAAUAUAUGGUUAUCUAACACCCUGAGACAUAAUUCCCACCCAAAAAACAAUGUCAAAUUAAGGUAUGCCACCAACUCGAAAGCCAACUAAGAUAAAGAAGGCAACCCAAAAAAAGAAAAUAUAAGAUAAAAAAAGGGGACGAAAACAGAGGAAACACAGAGAGGAGGAGACUUAGGAAAAUUGGAUCCGGACACAUCGGAACCCGUCUUCCUUUCCUUCCUCUGUUCCUCUGCGUUGUGUUCUGUCUUGUCUGAAUUUAUAAUCUCUGUUUUUUUUCGUUUGGAUUUAAAGCAAAAAACUUUAAGUUGAUCGAAAACAGAGAGGCAGAGAGAAAAACAGAGCAAGUUUCAAGGGAAGGAGGCCGAGUUCCUCACCUAGGAACGACGGUUUCCUCUUCUUUUUUUCAUGCCGGAAUAUUAAUCGAUACCUUAACCCCUUAUCAGGUUAAGUUUAUCUGCAUUACUUGAAGAAACUUAGCUGCCAUGGGCGUUUGUUACUCAAGACCACAUGAAACUAUCAAAGCUCAUCAGAAGAAGGUCCACAGAUCCGGCAAACGCCGGAGUAAGGGGAGGAAGACGAAGAAGGUUGCCUCCGCUGCCAUUCCCGAUGCGCCUAAAAGACAGUCUGUGAGUGAGUUUGUGCAUCUUGACUUCGAGAAGGGUGCUGCAACAACCUGCAAGAGAUCUGAGGUUUCUAAUGGAACAUUUCAUCUCACUCAGCUUCAGUGGAACCACAGUCAAAUAGAUGCAAAUGGCGGGAAAGGCCCAGGGGAAGCAUGGUUUGACUCACUAAGCAUGAUGGGAUCUGAUUCAGAAGACGAUUUCUGCAGUGUGCAUGGAGAUGGGUUUCCUUUAGCAGGGAACAUCCCAAAUGCUCAACUGGUGCAGUAUGAAACUGCAUCAUGCAUUGUCGAUAAUGGAUGUAAGUACGAAGGGUUCUACGAAAGUUAUCUAACGAUAGAUGGAAAUGCACGCCAUUCUGUCGAGAAAACCCAAGUGAGUUUCAACGACAAGAAUCAGAAGAACCCCGCGGCGGUGAUCAUGCUUUCUUAUAAGAGGAAAUCCGUUGACGACAGCGAAAGGAAAAGUGCGUCCGAUCAGAAGUACUUAUUCCGUCCAAGAGCAGGACUUCGAAUCCCUUGCUCAACGGAAGAGAAGCCAGCACCGGGAUCCUGGUCUCCAGUUCCACCCUCAGUAUUCAAGCUCCGCGGCGAGAAUUACUUCAAAGAUAAACUGAAGUACCCGGCUCCAAACUGCAGCUCGUACGUACCAAUUGGUGUCGAUUUGUUAAUGUGCCCGCGAAAGAGAGAUCACAUUGCUCAGCAUCUUGAGCUUCCUUCUGUAAAACCACAUGACAAAGUUCCUUCCCUCCUCAUUGUUAACAUCCAGUUGCCUACCUAUCCUACAACAAUGUUCCUCGGCGAAUGCGAUGGGGAAGGCAUGAGUCUUGUGCUAUAUUUCAAAGUGAAUGAAAACUUUGAAAAAGAGAUAUCACCUCAGUUUCAAGACAGCAUCAGGAAAUUUGUUGAGGAUGAGACUGAGAAGGUGAAAGGGUUUGCAAAGGAGUCUGUGGUUCCUUUCAGGGAAAGGCUAAAGAUCAUGGCUGGAUUGGUCAAUCCAGAUGACCUCCAGUUGAGUUCUACUGAAAGGAAGCUCAUACAUGCUUACAAUGAUAAGCCAGUUCUGUCACGCCCUCAACACAAUUUCUUCAGGGGACCUAAUUACUUUGAGAUUGACCUAGAUAUACAUAGGUUUAGCUACAUAUCCAGGAAAGGACUUGAAUCAUUCAGAGAGACUUUGAAGAAUGGGGUACUUGAUUUGGGAUUAACAAUCCAGGCACAAAAACAAGAGGAACUGCCAGAGCAAGUCUUGUGCUGCCUGCGCUUGAACAAGAUUGAAUUUGUGAACCAUGGUCAAAUUCCGACUCUCGUAACUAGGGACGAUUAACUCGCACGGGCAUCUCACCUGUAUCCUGGAGGGUUUGCACUUUAAAAGUAUAUAAUUCCGGCCAAAACACCAAGCAAAUGCCACGUUUUGUUAACAUUCGGUCGCUUCGACCUAGUUCGAUGGUGCAAGAAAAGGAAUACAGAGACAUGAACUGCAAAUGCAGUACUAGUGAUCUUGUACAAAAUGGCAUCUGUAUCUGUACGCUUAUUCGUUUUAGUUAAAACCAUGCGUUUCCUAUC